GGCAAAGUAUAUUGCGAUGUGUGAGACGGGGCUUAGAUUGGCAGACGUGAACCUAGUACAGUCGCUGCGACAUUGUAAAACAUAUAUUUAGCACAUCUCUUCAAUAUUAUUGUUACAAAUUAUAUUAGUAUGUACGGUUUGUGGUCAUUUAAUACAGCUACUGUCUAGUCAAACUGUAAUUUAGGUUCAUUUCUUCAUUAUAUUAUUGAUAUAAGCGACUGAUCUGAGAAUCAUCAUGGCUACUUGUCAACAGAUAUAAACAUGCCACAGAAGAGCCCGAAACAAAGCAGCAUUUGACAGAAUGCUUGAUAAAACACUUCGAAAUAUGGUUAGCAAAGACAUACAUCUGACCUGCAUCCUUAAUGAAGUCAACAAAAUAUGUCACAAGAUGUCGACACAUUCCUUCUGCGACAGCGUGUGUUGAGUGUUGGAUCCGAGAGAGAGUUGGAUGAUUUAGCCGCAGCUCGCAGUGGAACAUCUACUGACCUGCAGACUCUGCACCAGGUCAGGGAAACUAUGGAAGACAGCCAUGACAAUGACUCCUACCUAGACAUGUACCGUCCUGGGACUGCAAAACCACCUCACCAUCAUCGGGCAGAUGAGGAUGAAGCAGCUCGUUCAACACACACAACAUCACAGGGUGACCGGGAUGUCAAACACAGGACUGCUACAAAAAGUCCAAAGGUCACCUGAGCGAAAAAACACUCAAAACCUAAAUCAGUGGACUGUUGAUGCCUCUGGCAGUGCACCAAUUACUGGAAGUCCUGUUAAAGUUAAAGAAAAUCUGCCUGAAGUUGAGAUAGUAAAAGCCGGAGCAGCAAAGGGAGACUACUCUGAAGAAGCUGGUGUAAGUGAGGAUGUUUCUCGAGGUCCCCGGUACUCUAGUCACAGAAGUUACAGUGAAAUUAUGGAUAAUAUGUCUGUUCAGGAUCCAUUCAAUGCAGACCCUGAGUAUUCAGGAAAAUCAAAAUCUUCUAAAAUUCCAAGGAAGAAGAAAAGCCUUUCCCAUGACCAAAGUUCUGAUUCGAUUCCAAUGGGCAAGGUUUCAAAGCACUUUGCUAAAGAACCAAAGAAACUAAGGAAAAAGCACAGACAUCAUCACCAAGGUAGUGAGUCCCUCAACAGUACUGCUACCUAUGUGAUUGAGCCAGGCAUUGUAAACGAUGGAUACGAUGAUUCAGGGAACGGUACAAGAAAAGGGAGCAAAGGUGUUGUUGAUGACCAUGUAAGCAAUGCGACAUAUACACUGUCUGAAGGGGAGCCUGACAGCCAGGGUCUGAAGGAAAGUUUCAACAAGUUCAUGCGCAAACUGAAUACAGUGAAAGUACCAUCGGGGCCAUCUGAGACUGGAAGUUCUUUGAACCAGAAAGCAGUUUCUAGAUUUAUUUCAAGGAAAAUAAACCAACGAGAGUGUAAGAAAUUUGCAAAAGACAAAAACUCCAAAACGAAUGCGUGUCUAUGUGGCCGACCAAUACAAUGGCACGAAGACCAAGGCAUCCAGGUAGACCUGAAGAAACACGAGAUCUGGAACAUGAAGACACACACUGUUACAAAGCCAUGUGAUUCCUUCGGAGAAAUUCUUUUUCGAGGAUUCGGACAUGAUGUCUCUAACUCUCCAUAUGUGCGUGUUGACCCCAUAACUGACCUCAGUGAUAUCUGGACCAUCCUAACAGACUUGUGGGACUUGCCCAUUCCAAAGCUGAUCAUCUCAGUCACAGGCGGUGCCAAGAGGUUUGACUUGAAGCCAAGACUACGUAAACUGUUGAAAGAGGGUCUGUGCCAUGCUGCAGCAAGUACAGGUGCAUGGAUGAUCACGGGGGGUACUUCAGCGGGGGUGAUGGAGUUUGUAGGGGAAGCUGUCCAGGACUACACAGCGGCUACAGGCAACAACAACAAGGUGGUCGCUCUCGGCAUCGCCACCUGGGGCAUUGUCGCAAAUAACUUCGCACUGGAUGGUGAAGGAGACAGAGGUCUAUUCCCUGCUACCUAUGCUGUGGAGGAUGUUGAGGCCACAGGUUCAGGAACAACACCCCUCGAUCACAACCACACCCAUUUCAUCCUUGUGGAUGACGGCACUGCAGGGAAGUAUGGGGCAGAGAUCAAGUUCCUGGAGAGCUUCAUCUCAAAAAGGUCGAGACUGGAUCAGGUUAUGACUUUAUGCUUCUACUCUGCCAUGUAUGAUAUGUUGGCUGCAGGUGUGAAUGUCCCGAAUGUGCUGAUCGUAGUGGAGGGAGGCCUGAACACAAUGCGGACUGUCCGUGAAUCCAUCCAGCGUAACACCCCAAUUGUCGUCAUCGAGGGUUCCGGGCGGGCGGCUGAGUACAUUGCCCUCGGCUACAAACUCACAAGAAGCAAAGAUGAGGAGAAGACCUCCUUUCCCCGAGACUUCAAUGAGAUUAUGAUGGAGAAAGCUCAUAAGAUGUUUGUGUGGAAGCCAACUGACACCGAAGUGGACAAGAAGAUUCAAGAUUGUCUGCACAACCUCAAGUACUGCUUGGAACACCGCAGACUGGUAAACGUGUACAACUUGGAGAAUGCUGCAUCCAUCCGAGACAUUGACCGAGCUAUUCUGUAUGCUCUGUUGAAGGCCAACAAGUCUAAUGCCAACUCCCAGCUGGCCCUGGCCCUUGCUUGGAACCGGUGUGACAUCGCCCGCCAGGAGAUCUUCACCCCCACCAACCGUAAACACUGGCAGAAAAUCAACUUAUACGAUGCAAUGGUGACAGCCUUGGUUCAAGAUAGAACUGAUUUUGUUCAGCUGUUUAUUGACAACGGUUUGGACAUCAAACGGUUCCUGACAGUAAAGACUCUGUGGAAUCUCUAUGCUAAUAUGAUCAACGACAUGGGGGACACCCAGGCAGAGCUCAUCAGGAACCUACUGGCCCACCAACGGCAAACUUGGGCAGCCUAUUUGUGUUGUCAAGGAGCAACUAGAUGGGAAUACUGCCCCGAUCUCCUCAAGUUCGUUGGCAAGAUCAUUAUGUAUCUCCUCCAGGACCAAGCCAUGCUAUUGUAUCAUGAAACAAAGUAUGUGGUAACUGUUAAGAGGCCAUCUAUGUCAUGGCUGGGAGAUCCUGGCACCAUCAAACCACUGAUGAAGAGGAUCACCCAGGAAGGCCCUCAGAUGCUAAGAGAAGAGGGUCACAUCAGCCACAGGAGCAAACUCAAAGUCAGGGAAACAUUUGAGUUCACCAACCCUGAAAAGCACCUGUUCCUCUGGGCCAUCCUCUUCAACAGACGACAGAUGGCAAGCCUCUUUUGGAAGCUGGGCAGAGAUCAGCUCACAUCAGGACUGGUGGCUUCCUCUCUGCUGAAGACGAUGUCAGAUGUUGCAGAGCAUGAUGAGGAGCUGGAGAUGAGUGCUGACCUCCUGGACCAUGCAGUCCAUUUCGAAAAGCAGUCAUUUGAUGUGCUUUCUGAAUGUUACGGUCGAGACAAACGCCAAACCCACACACUGCUUGUGUGCGAGCAGAAGCAAUGGGGGAAGACUACAUUGUUCAAGCUGGCAGAUGCCCACACUCUGAUGGACUUCGCAGAACACAGCGCUUGUCAGACCAAGCUCAAUGACAUAUGGAAGGGGAGGAUGGCACUAUACACUCCUGAGUGGAAGAUCAUCAUAACAAUCCUGCUGCCCUUCCUGCUACCAUUCAUCAAGUUUACCAGCAACAACUCGGUGGUGGACAUGCUGGAUGGGAAUGACAGCGAUGAUGAGGAGCUUGUGGAUGACAGCCAUACCCCAGGGCACAGCCCCGGACGGACAGCUGAGUCUCCCAGCAAGGCUAACCAGGUGGAGCCAGGCAGUGAUGAUGCAGAGUACACACCGGCAAUGUCACGGGGAAAGAAGAAGCAGAAGAAGAGAAAACUUUACUCUGUCAACCUCAUGGACUUCAGUCGCUCCAGCAUCAACAUCUUCACAGCCAUCUUCUACUUCUACGCUGCACCAGUAACCAAGUUCUACUGUAACGUGGGAUCCUACGUUGGCUUUCUAUGCAUCUUCAGCUAUUUUGUACUGAUUGACCUUCGACCUAGUACCGAGGCUGACUCUCCCUCAGUGUAUGAGAUGGUGACUUGGGUGUGGCUCGUCACCAUGUUGCUGGAGGAGGGUAGACAGAUCUUUAUUCGUGACCAGCGUUCGUUUCGGUACAAGAUUCAGAACUGGUUUAGUAACGUCUGGAACCGGUUUGACCUCCUCAUCUACACCCUGUUUAUUAUUUCCAUCGUCCUGCGCUACAACCUCUUCACCUCCAACUUCAUUUGGGCGCGGAUGUCCUACAGCAUCACCCUUGCCUUCUACUAUCUCCGGUUCAUGCAGUUCUUCUUCGCAGCUAAAAACAUGGGGCCCAAAGUUAUUAUGAUCAGGAAAAUGCUGACAGACCUCCUGUUUUUCUUCUUCAUCCUGCUUGUGUUUGUCCUGAGUUUCGGGGUUGCCUACCAUGUGAACCUGUACCCCAACCAUGUCCCAAGCUACAAGGUCCUCAUCAAUGUGCUGUACCUGCCCUACUGGCAGAUGUACGGCGAGCUGUUCCUGGAGCGUGUGCAAGGUGAGGAUGACCCAUCAAGCUGUACCCGGAAUGAGACCUUGUGGCGAGCUGACCUUGCACCACGAUGUCCUGAGCCCAAUGCUCUUGUGUCCAUCCUGCUGGCCGUGUACAUGAUCCUCACCAACAUCCUACUGGUCAACCUCCUAAUUGCCAUGUUCAGCUACACAUUCCAGACGGUGCAGGACAAUUCCAUGAAGAUCUGGCGCUACUACCGUCUGUCUCUGGUGUUUGAGUACUUUGACCGACCCACUCUCGUGCCUCCCAUCAUCAUCAUCAACCACUUCUACCGCCUCUUCAUUUGGGGUGUCAACCACUGCUCUCGCACCUGCAAGAGACCAAAUGCUUUCAGAGAGAGCGGCCCCACAACACUGGGGGGGAAGAUAGAGGAGCGACUGGAUGAGAAAGACUAUGCUAGACUCCAAAUAUUUGAGAAAGUGGCAAUGGAAAAUUAUUUGUCUCGAUCGUUGAUGCUACGCCGAGAACAGCUUGACAACAGAGUGGCCACCACAGCAGAGAGAAUAGAGAAUGUGAUGCAUGAACUGGAACUGAUCAGGGAGACAGUGUCGGAUUCUGGGGCCCGAUCACUCACUGAGGAGCAGAAGCAGCAGCUUGCAACCCUGGACACCAUGACGGCACCCAGACCUGCAACUGGUGAGACGGCAUAUGUGCGUCAGUGCGUGGACGACCUGUCAGAACAGGUGGGGCAGAACACAAUGAAGCUGAGCCAACUGAUGCAUAUGGUGGAGAUGUUGGUGGACAGUCAGACCCGCGGAGCAGGGGGCCGGCACUCACAGGAGGGGCACACCAGGCGCUCGCCAGGGAAGUCUGCAUGGGCUGACCAUCUCGGAGAUCACUCAUGGGGAUGAAGAGGAGGAUGCUUGAAUUGGAAGAUUAUGAUUGACAGGCACUGAAAUUCCUGCAUUGGAACCAUUUAUCCCUGAACCAGCAAAUCACUGUUUCAGACCCAUUGAAAACUAACAUAUCACUAUUUCAGACCCAUUGAAAACCAGCAAAUCACUAUUUCAGCAGUCACCGAAAACCAGUAUAUCAUUAUUUCAGACACACUAAAUACCAAUAUAUCACUAUUUCAGACCCACUGAAAGCCAGUAUACUACUGUUUCAUUGCUGUAUGUCAUUAUCUGUUAGUACGUAUUUAGUAUGAUUAAGCAGCUCAGGGAUACUGUAAUGUGGGGACUAAGCAGGGUAAAUACAGUCAUAGUGGGAAGUGUUUGGACUUUCCGCGAUGUUUCACACUUACCUCUGUGCCUCGUGAGCUGUCCUGUGAUGUGUUGACGAAUCCCCACUCCUGUACCUUCUGUUUGCGUCCUUCUGUUUGCGUCAGUUGGAAGCUGAAAUCCUAUUGCUAUUUUUCUAUGUGAUAUGUUGAGACUGAAAGCAGUGAACCUGUCUGCACAACGUGAUGGUUGAACAAGCUCAGACAUUAAGGUACAGAAGAUCUGCACC